CGUAACUAUAUGAAGCUUAGCUAGGUAAUGUGGGACAGUCCCGUAUAAUACAAGGAACAUUCGACAGGGGGUUUCCUGACACGCCGUAUUCGAGUCGAAUAGCCUUACUCUAAUGGGUCCGCAUGAGAUCGAUCCUUUCCAUCCAUGUUGAAUACAUAAAACAUAUCUAGAUAAGAAUAACACCAUGCUUCAAAAUAUCAAUCGAGGGUAAACUAUCUCUUUUCAACAGUCAUCCUACUUCAUAUAUUAAGCAAGAAGUACUAAAUCCCCUGCCAUGGCUACGAUCCGAGUUGCAGUCAUCCAGUCCGAACCCGUCUGGCUUGACCUUGCGGGGUCGGUCAAGAAAGCCGUAGGGCUUAUUGAAGAGGCCGCGAAGGGUGGUGCUAGGAUCGUCGCCUUCGCGGAGUCCUGGAUACCUGGGUAUCCUGCAUGGAUAUGGGCUCGUCCCGUAGACUUCGAACUCCAGACUAAAUACAUCUACAACUCGUUGGCCAUCGAGUCAGAUGAGAUGGAGCAAAUUAAAGAAACCGCCAAAAAAUACUCCAUCGCCGUGGUACUAGGGUUCUCGGAGCGAAGUCCUUCGAACAGUGUCUAUAUUGCACAGGCCAUAAUAUCACCACAGGGUGAGCUUGUCUUGCAUAGACGUAAGGUUAAGCCAACCCAUAUGGAACGUACUAUCUUCGGCGAUGGCUCCGGAGGCGAUUUGACCAAUGUGGCCGAGCUCGACUUCGGCGCUCCACUUGGCAAGAUCAAGGUCGGAACUUUUGCCUGCUGGGAACAUACUCAGCCACUACUCAAGUAUCAUAGCAUCACGCAGGGCGAAGUGAUUCACAUUUCCAUGUGGCCACCGAUAGACCCAUCAACCGGUGUCGACCAUCCAGGUUUAUGGAGUAUGACAGCCGAUGGAUGCCAGAAUCUGUCUCAAACAUAUGCUAUCGAGAGUGGUACUUACGUCUUGCAUGCUACAGCUGUGUGCUCUCAGGAUGGAAUCGAUGCCAUGGGUACCCAAAACGGACUUACUUGUGCAAAGCCAGGCGGUGGUCAUAGUUGCAUAAUUGGCCCUGAUGGAAGACGCUUGACCCCGCCGCUUGGUGAUGGUAGCCCCGACACUCAGGGAAUCGUGUAUGGAGACCUAGAUCUAACCAAAGUAGUUGGAAACCGCGGCUUCCUGGAUAUCGUUGGUCACUAUAGCAGACCUGACCUUUUAUGGCUGGGCGUGGAUAAGGAGAAAAAGGAGGUUGUGGUUCCAAAGGUGACGACGAAACAGUCACAGCCGAGGCAAGAAAUUAUCUAACUAGGAGCGGUAGCUCAGGAUGAUCACCACUAGCAUACUCAACAAUAAUUGAAAUAAAUUCUUCAGCCCGAGAGAUCCGCUGAGAAAAUUU